UUUCCACCUCACUAUAUAAAGCUGUAUGGUGUGUUUCAUUCAUCUUUUGGUAUUUUGGCUGUAAUAAUUGUUCUUUAUUGUUAGGAUGAAGAAUUAUGAUGCCUUUGGAAAGAUUCUAGAAGGCCUGUUAAAUCUGUAUCAAAUUCCAGGAAAUAGGUUGUAUCUCUUAAAUAUAAUUUAGCUUUUAUUUGUCAAUUAUUUAAUUCUUAAUAAUCCGUAUUCUCUUUCCUAGUGACAUGAAAGCUAAGGUAUAUCUUGCCUUGCAAUCUUUGGAAAAAGAUCUCUAUUCAAUGUCCCUUCUGUACAGAACACAGGAUGCAAACAGAGUUACUGAAGUACUUCAUGGAAAAGCAGGACACCUUGUGCAAAGAACUGGAGGAACCCCUAUGAACAUUGAAUAUUAUCUAUCUCCAUAUCAAGUUCUGGAAGAAGAGCUGAAUCCUGGCUCCCAAGUAUGUGGAACAAAAGUAUUUGUAACGGUUGGAAGUUCAAACACAACACACAAACUUCCCAUUUCUCCGUUAAUUGUGGAUUCUCAGGCAGGAGAUGGCAACCCUGCUUUUUUACCACUUACUGAUGAACUCAGCAUGGAUUUGUCAGCUUGCUUUUUCUUGAUGUUUCAUCAGCCUUUUCCUAUGUCCUCAUCCAGUAUUCAAGAGAUACAGAAGCUUACAGGAAUUUCAAUUGAUGGACUGAAGUUAGCUUCUCUUCAUGCACUGAUUGUUCAAUUUACCUUUAAUGAUGAGUACAAGGAAGAUUUGGCCAUGAAUAAUUCUUGUUUCUUUGUGUCUCUUCCAGAUUGCCCGAAGCACAGUUAUUUCAUAAAUAAGGGCACAGAGAAAUCAGGUAUAACAGGAGCCCUCGUCAGUAAAAUUCCAUUUACCCAUCCAAAGUGUGUACCUGCUAUAAUUGAGAUUCUUCGGCAUCAAGUGGCAUAUAACACUCUUAUUGGCAGCUGUCUCUCUGAGAACACUAUAAAUGAAGAUUGCUCAGAGCUGCUUUAUUUUGAAGUGUCUCCACAAAAGGGCACUAGCUUUUCCAUCUCAUUCCAGCAUCCUAUGGGGGAGAGUUUAGCCUGUGUGGUAGCUGAUGUCUUGAGCGCCAGACAAAUCAGAUGCAGUCUUCAUACAAAUCCUCAAGAUGUAACUCUAAAUUGCUGCAAUGACUUUAUCACAAGAGUCAUGGAGCGUUGUAUGUCUGUCCCUCUUGUCAUGAGAGCUAUUUUCAAGAAUGCUGUCACAAUGAAAGUUGAUGGUGAAAUACAAAAUAUGGAAGUUAUCUCUGAGCAAAAUCCUGAAGUGACCUGCAAGCAAACGACGUCUUCUAACAGUACCGGAGCAAAUAUUUCUGGAGCCAGCAUGCAAAAUUCAUGUGAUGGCAUGGAGGCAAGCAGCUCCACGGCCAGUAUUGAGUGUGCGAUUUGUGAUAUAUCAGUAUAACUAAAGCAAAUACUCAUCUGAUGUUUACUGUGGUUCCAUGUCACUUUUUUUGUAGUGUGAUCAAUAGACAUUGUUUCAAGAAACAGUAGAGGAGAACUUGGCAAGAUCAAUACUUCUGUCUAGCAGGAUUUCCUCUUAGAAUUAAAUCUUUUCAACCCUGCAUAUUGCUAAAUUAAAAAAAAAAACUUUUUUUUGAGAAUAUAAACGCAAAUUUGAAAAGUCAAAUUAUCACUACUGUAGCAACCUUAAUUUAACCCAUAAUGCAUAUAUGGGCAUGUAGUUAUUUAGGUGGUGGUUGUUUGUUAAAUAUUUGUAGGUGUACAUAUAAUACAACAUGCAA